AUUUGUUUGUAGAAUUUAAGAUUUGACGGGCGACGCAUACAAACGUGAGACAAAGUUCGGGGUGCAGUUUGAGGGGUCUUCAUUUCAGGCCCAGACUGAGUAGCAAGCGUACUGGAAAAAGAGAGAAGAAGCUGAAGCCCAGGACGGCGAUGGGGCUCUCUAGUCUCUGUAUUAUUCUGGACGCAGCCUCGUUGAGGUCGUCGCUGACGCCCGACAACCAUCGUAUUAUACGACUCUGUUCUCCUAGUGUCCAGGCAGAAGCAAUAAAAGAAUUUUAAAAAGCUUCGGGUCCAUUCUCGCUGGCGCACGAAGUCUGUAGAGCCAUUAGUGUCUUCGAGCUCGAGUCUGUGCGUGCCGAGAGAGAGGGGAUGGCGAUGGUGGAGAGGACAUUGUGCGUGACCGGAGCUGGAGGCUCUCUUGCUUCGCGGGUCGUCAAGAUUCUUCUCUCCCAGGGCUACAUCAUCCUCUGCACAGUCAGAGAUCCCAGUGAUGCAAAGUAUGCUCACUUGAAGGAACUAGAUAAAGCAUCUGAGAAAUUGAGACUCUUCAAGGCGGAUUUACUUGAUUAUAAUUCGCUCCGCUUGGCAAUUGAAGGAUGCUGUGGGGUUCUCCAUGUUGCUUCUCCGGUCCCUUCCUCCUCUGUGUCAAACCCUGAGGUGAGAGUUUCCCCGGCAUAUAGCUUUGUGACUAUGUCAAAUCCCAAAGUUUUAUUUUCACAAACAGUGUUUAGAUGUUGAUGUGCAUGCGUUUGAAUCUAAAAGAAUGAAUAUAUACUGUUCAGAUGCGUACGUGGUAGCUUUUUAACACUGCUUGUGAAAACUGAAUUUACCAUUCGCUGCCUUCCUUACUUGGACCCAUUGUCUAUUCAAGUAUGAUGGUUCUAUACAUGCAAAUAAAAUGCCCCCUCUUAGUCCUGUGGAAUUAUAUCAAUGUAAGAGAAUAUGUAAAGAUGGGAUCAAGUCAAACUUGAUUAAGCUAGUAAGAAGCAGAAGGUUUGAGGUAUAGUCUAGACCAGUCAUCAAAAUGAAACCGAAAGACCGAAAAACAAGGUCUUGGUGAAAGUCAUUAGUCCUUGCGGAUCCGCCUCUCA